AUGUCUACCGCACAAGGAGUCCUCACUCGCAACAGUGCCGACCGCAUCACUCUUGUUUUCGUUAUUGACGAUAGACAAGUCACUUUUGCAGGAGCAGUAACACCCAGUGUUGAGCCUUUCAGCACAAACAAUGUCACCCUUGCAUACGAAAAUGUCAAUGGGCUGUUUUCCUCGCGUUCAUUCAAUGGACAAAUCGGACCAAACACUUUCAAAUUCCGCUUUGAUAACGGCGUUGUAGCCACGGGCGAUCUAAGCCCGCCUGGCGUCAGCCCUGCCUUGUCAGUCACUGGAUCUGGUCAAUGGAUGCAGGAGUUAAGCUAG